AUGCUUGUCUCUCCUGCCAAAGGACAAACAAUGGAUGAUGUUCAAGAAAAUGAGCCAGUAAAACCAGCAAAGCAUGAUACACCACUUGUUCCGACGCAUAAACCCGCACCUCCAGAGCCGCCUGUUCCGCUACCACGUCAUUCAAAACCAAGAAUAACAGAUGCUGAGCUGCAGCAAUCAAAAUCUUCUAUGAUUCGACAUGUCACAAAUGAUUCGGAACAGAAAGAUCGAGAAAUAAGAAAACUGAAGCGGGAUAACUUUGAGAAAGAUCAAAUCAUUAGCAUGAUGGAGACUGAAAUCGGAAUCUUAUACGAGCAAAUCAAAUGGUGA